UUUGCUGCUGUUUCGUCCAGAAGAGCUAAGGCAGUGAAGCUGUGUCUUCCUUACUCUUAAUUAUGUUUUUGGUGAAGCUUGCUCAAAAGGAAGUGUUAGCGUGCUGUCUGCGCUGCUGAAAUAAUGUAGUGGAAAUGAUAGCCGAGCCCAACCCAGCCAGCAGCCUUCCUAAUCAAAAAGAGAAUGCUGUCCAUGAUGAGACUGUGCCUGAGUCUGUUGUGCAGAACGGCAGCUGUUUGAGAAAUGGCAACCUGAAAACACCAAGAGAGAAACGGAAGGUUCGAGAACAGCGUGAAAACAUAAGGAGAAAUUCCUCCAAUAGCAGAAGAGUGAGCCAGCUGCAGAAUGGAGAAGCGGUUGAGGCAGUUACAUUGUUCGAAGUGGUUAGCAUGGAGAAACGGGCCAUGCAGUCUGUAGUAGAUGACUGGGUUGAAGCUUAUAAAAAAGACCGGAAUGUGGCUCUUCUAGAUCUGAUCAACUUCUUCAUUCAGUGCUCAGGCUGUCAAGGCAUGGUAACAGCAGAGAUGUUUCAAAGUUUACACAAGAAGGAUGUCAUGCGAAAAAUGACAGAGACUUUUGAUGAGGAAACUGGGUUGCAGUACAAGAAAUUCAUGGCUUAUCCUUGGAUUCUAACAGUUACUUGGCCAGUGGACAUGGACAAUGAAGACUACCCACUCAUCAAAACAGGACCCUAUUGGAAGAAAUUCAAAGCCAAUUUCUGUGAAUUCAUUGCAGUGCUUGUCCAGCAAUGUCAGAGCAGCGUCCUGUACGAUAGCUACUUGAUGGAUACCAUCAUCUCACUGCUUACAGGCUUAGCAGACUCCAUGGUUAGAGCAUUUAGGCACACAAGCACUUUGGCAGCAAUGAAGCUUCUGACAGCAGUUGUAAAUGUACAUCUGAACCUUGAUGUCAACAAGCACAACGCUCAAAGAUUAUACGAGGUGGAGAAGAACACGAUAAGUGGCAAAAGGACCAAUUACAGACUUGACCAACUAGAGAGAAGAAUAAAAGAGUAUGAGCAGAAGCUUCUGGAGAUACAGAACAUGAUGAAUGCUAUUUUCAAAGGGACAUUUCUAAACCGUUACCGUGAUGUGAUCCCUGAGAUCCGGGCCACUUGCAUUGAAGAAAUUGGCAGCUGGAUGAAAACAUACCCAGAUGCUUUUUUAAAUGAUAGUUACUUAAAAUACAUUGGGUGGAUGCUGUAUGAUAAGCAAGCUGAAGUACGGCUAAAGUGUCUUCUGGGACUGCAGGGAAUUUAUAGCAGAGAAGAACUUGUUUCUAGGAUGGAUCUCUUUACUAGCAGAUUCAAGGAUCGAAUUGUGUCCAUGCUUCUGGACAAGGACCAUGAAGUAGCAGUUCAAGCCAUGAAACUCUUGAUGCUUGUGUCACAGAACUGUGAGGAUGUGUUAUCAGCUGAAGACUGUGAAACCUUAUACCAGUUUGUUUACACCACACACCGUCCGCUUGCAGUAGCAGCUGGGGAAUUCCUUUAUAAAAGGCUGCUUAGGCAUGAGGGAGAUGAAGAAGUUCUGCCCAAAAGAGGAGGGAAGUUUGGGGCGAGUACUGGCCAGUUGAAAAAGUUAAUACGUUUUUUCCUGGAGAGUGAGCUACACAAACAUGUCACAUACCUCAUAGACAGCUUGUGGGACUGGGCAGGCAAAUUCCUGAAGGACUGGGAGUGCAUGACCACUCUUCUAUUAAAAAAUGCUGAAGAAGAUGGUGAAGCAUUGAGUGAUGCCCAUGAAAGUGCUCUCAUUGAAAUUAUCCUCGCAACUGUUAGAGAAGCAGCUGAAGGUCAUCCUCCAGUGGGCAGAGGUGCAGCCAAAAAAAUUCUGUCAGUAAAAGAGAAGAAAAUACAAUUGGAAGAUUGUACCAAAAUUACUGAACACUUUAUUAUGGUGCUUCCUCAGCUCUUGGCAAAGUAUUCAGCAGAUGCAGAAAAAGUGACAAAUCUCCUGCAGAUUCCUCAGUAUUAUGAUUUAGAUGUUUACAGUACAGGACAUCUAGAGAAGCAUUUGGAUGCUUUGCUGAGAGAAGUAAAAGAUAUUGUGGCCAAACACUCUGAUAUGGCUGUCCUUGAGGCUUCCUCCAGGACUUAUUACAUACUCUGCAGUGAAGAAAUUGCCAUCUACAACCAGGUGGAUUGUGCCCGAACUCAGCUGAUAGAUGAGUUGAUGGGGCAGCUUAACCAGCUGCUAAACAGCUUCUGGCAAAAGGAAGAAGGUUUUUGUACGGAUGCAGGAGAAAUUUCCCGGAUACAUUCUGCUUUGAGAAGAAUAGCAGCUUUUCAUAAUGCCCAUGACCUCACCAAGUGGAAUCUGUAUGACAAGACUUUAAGGUUGCUAGCGUUUGAAAUGGAACGUGGGGGCUUGUCUGUUCAGAUGAUCCUGCCAGCUCUCCAGUGCACAUACUUUUCUCUCCUGUGGCAACUAGCUGCAGUUGCGGAAAAUUCCCCCAAGGAGACUCUUUUGGCAUUAAGAAGAGAGUUGAGGCGUUUCUGUCAGAUUUGCAAGUGCUUCCUCCACCAUAAGGAAGAAGAUGUAAGAGAAAAGGCCUUCAUGAUACUCUGUGACUGGCUGCUAAUUUUGAGUCACCAAGAUUCAAAUAAUAAUGAAGCAGCAGGACUUCUAGAUUAUCUUCCCAGCACAUCACUUCAGCAAAAACUGCUUUUGUUUAUCCAGGAACAUGUUUUCAUGGAGGACGAAAAGGAAAGCAAAGACCUAACAGAAGAGGAGCAGAGAAAGGACAAAAACGGCAAACUGGGUGACUUGCACAAAAAGCGGAGUCUUCUUGCAGCGUAUUGCAAGCUGAUAGUCUAUAACGUGGUGGAGAUAGCUGCAGCUGCUGAGAUCUAUAAGCAUUACAUGAAGACCUACAAUGAUUUUGGAGAUAUAAUUAAGGAAACACUAAGCAGGACGAGGCACAAUAACAAAAUUCAGAGUGCCAAGACACUGAUUCUCUGUCUGCAGCAGCUGUUUCAGACACAUGUACAAAGCCAUGACAGCAGCAGUGGUGUGGACUUGUCCUCUACUUCUUUCACAAACAUUAAAGAACUCGCUCGUCGUUUUUCGCUGACAUUUGGCUGGGACCAGGUGAAAUCUAGAGAAUCUGUAGCCAUGAUACACAAGGAAGGGAUUGAAUUUGCCUUUCAAGGAGCUACUGGAAUAGGUGGAAAAUGCCUGCCUCCUAAAUUAAGCUUUCUGUUAAUCAUCAGUGAAUUUUCCAACAAGCUGCUAAAGCCUGACAAAAGGCUAGUGUACACUUACUUACAGAGGUAUAUAGCAGAACCACUGUCUUGCAGAGGAGACGAAUGGCAGCCUUUGGUUUGGUACAGAAACUCUUUAUUGGCAAAUGAAGAUGAGGAGAGCUCUGUCCUCAGCAGUUUAGGAGAGUGGUCCCCCGUGGGCACAUCUAAGACAUCUUUUAAAAGGAAAUUGUCUAAUGGGUCUUUGCCUGAAACCAGCCAUACUGAAGCAGCAAGCAAAGAUGCAGAUUUCCAGUGUGCUUCCCAGCUUGCCUCUGCAGCAGGGAAAAGCAGAAAGAAGCUGAAAUCUCGAGAGAUGCACUUGCAAGAACAUUUGCCAUUCCUUUGUCCACUAGGGCUGCAGAGAAGAUACAGACAAGAUGAGAUCAAGACAGAAGAUGCCUCAGUAGAGGAUCAGGCAGAAGACACAAGUGAUGAUGUCAAUAUUGAUGUGGUUGGUGCAGACCAGGUAAUGAUAGUUUAGGUUUGGGUUUUCCAGCUCUGUGGACAGCUGUACUUGAGGCAGGUAAGUAAGAGUUCAGAACCACAUGAGAGCCCAUUUGGCUGCCAUGCUUGUUUGCCACCCCUCUCAACCUGAGGAAAGGGGUUUUCAUUUCUUCCCUUUCCAGCCCUGGGUGAGGUCUCAUUGUUCAGGUGGUUUAUCUGCAUGUCAGACAAUUCUUACUGUAGCAUCUAGACAUCCUAAAGUACAUUGAAAAUCAGCUAGGAUCCAUUAUGAGGUGGAUCCAGUUUCCUUUUCCCAUAAUGUGAAACUCCUUAAUUAAGAGCCAUUUGCUCUAGUUGCUUCAAAUUAUUGACACAUUGCAGAUGGUACUGCUGCAUGGCCUGCAGGAAUGUCAACUGCAAAAAUGGUGUUUGCACUAUGCUCUGUGGGUUGAAAGACUCAAUGUAUCUGACCAGUGGUCAGCCCUGGGACCUCUCUGAAGCAUCCCUUGUUUCUUGCUCUUUUCCGUGAGAGCCUGUCUGGGAGAUGAACUUGUCUCUAAACCAACUGGAGAAUUGAAGGGAAGCAUGUGAAUGUUGUAGGCUUAGAGUAGCAGCCAGCGUAGCCAGGGGUUUUUCUAGUGGGCCCUGGUUGCCUUCAGGAUCAGACGUUAAGUGUGGCAAAACUGCAGCUGUCUGCCUGGGUCUCAGCUCAGCUCAGGAAUGAAGACUUCCAGUAGUGAAGGUCGUCUAACCCUUUGGGACAGGGAAGUGUGAGGUCUCAAAUAGGCUGUUGUAAACCUUGAGUCUUGAAGCAGUGGUUGUAUUGAAAGGAUUGGAAAAAAAAAAUGAAGCCUUUUCCAUUAGUUAUCACUUCCCUUCCUUCCUCUAGCAGUUUGCUGUGUCAGCUACUGCAUAGGGCUGUUUCAGGUUUUUUUUUCUCUUGUAUCCCCUCCUACCAUCUAUGACUUGUAUACAUACAACUUGACUACAGUGUAAACCUAGGGUUUGGCAGACAGUUUUUGCAGUGAUUCAGGCAGCCCCUUGAUUUCUAAUGUCUUCUGGUUAUCUAGGAUCCAUAGCCACAUUAGAAGACACUUUCUGAUUUUUGAGUUCUUAAAUGAGGUGUUCCAGUAAAGCUGAGCAAAUGAUCUCUUCUCAUAGUUGGUCCUUUAAAAGGACCAUACUUAAGUAACUACU